AUGGAUGAAGCUACAGUCUGGAUUAAGCAGGAAACUGAUCAAAGCUUAAUAAAUGGCAAUUCCCAAACUAACUCAAGCCAGAAUGAAGAAAGAGGAUAUGAGAAAGAGCACGAAAAAGAGGAUGAGGGGGUCCAGAAUGAUGGAAUUGUUUCAUUUUAUGAAAACCAAAAUAUUUUAGAUACUUAUUUUGAUCAUUCUGAGGCUCAAGAGCUUAGGGAUCUUGGGGUUUCUUUGGUGGAUGCAAAUGAAGUGAGUAAUACUAUUUUUGAGCAAGUAAAGUCUCACUUUAAUACAUCAAAUAAACCAUCAAAAGAAAAAGAAACCAAAGGUCUUGGUAACUCCUCUUUGAAUAGAGAUGCUUUGCUUGGAUUUGGAGAAGAAGCUUCAAGAUCCACCUUAAUUAAAACCGAGGCAGGUAACAACGAUGUUCAACAAGGUCAUAUUUCAGAGGAACAAGAAUCAAUGUAUGAAUCAAUUAAUGAUCUCGUGCCUGACUCUAGGCCAGAUUCUGAACUUGAACCUAUCUUUGGAGACAUUAUUGAGAUGGAUACCUUAUUAGAUGAAGGUUUUGAAGUAAAGGAUGAUAUAGACUUAGAGAGGUACAGGAAUAGAGUAUUCAAAAGCAGAAAUAAGAUUAACCAGACGGUUGGAAGUAGCCGUACUAACAUUAGCAACUACAGUGAAAACAAUACUAAUGUUGAAACAAGUAACUUGAAGAUAAUAAAGAUUUCAAGAGAUUCAGAGAACAACCAACUAUUUAUUUGGGACAAGAUUUGGAAUGCUUUAUAUCCACACCAGAAGGAGGGAGUUCUUUGGAUGUGGGGUUUGUAUUGUAAUAACCAUGGAGGGAUAUUAGCAGAUGAAAUGGGAUUAGGAAAGUCAAUCACAGUGGCAUCAUUUAUUGCUGCACUAUUUAUUACAUUUAAACGUAACCAAGAAACCAUUCUGGGAGAUGAAUCAAGUUUAUUUAAUAUUAAAUCUCAAGUAAAAUCUGAGUCAGACUUGAAUUUAGAAACAAUCCCGAGGUUUACUGGUGGAUAUCAUAAGGUACCGAACAUUAAGAAUGAAACAGAAUUAAUUAAGGAUUUACCAGGUGAAUCUUCACUCUUAAGAUCUCUAAGCUUUGUAGAAUAUGAAUCUAAUUUUGAGACAAAUAACUGUAAGAUGGUACUUUUGGUACUUCCAGCUACUCUAAUUUCCCAUUGGAUUGAAGUAUUUAAUAGAUGGUACUAUCCAAUAAGAAUAAUUUUAUUUCAUGGAAAAGGGGAAAGUGAAAGAAGAGUAAUGUUUGAAAAACUCAGAGAGGUGGAAAAAGCAAGUACAGAGCUUUUGGUAAUUACAACUUAUGAAACUUUGAGACGUAAUUUGCAAAAAUUGAGACAAAUAAACUGGUUUUAUGUCAUUUUGGACGAGGGACAUAAAAUCAGAAAUCCUGAUUCUGGAAUUACUUUGGCUGUAAAAUCUUUAGGUACUUGUAAUAGGCUUUUAUUAUCUGGUUCGCCAAUACAAAAUGACCUAAAGGAAUUAUGGAGUCUCAUAGAUUUUGUUUAUCCAGGAAAGCUUGGGACACUACCUGUAUUUGAACAACAAUUUGUGAUUCCCAUAAAACAAGCAGAGCUGAAGAAUGCUGCAAAAGUUCAAACCAUGAGAGCUUUUAAUUGUACUCGAAUUCUUCAGGAACUAAUUAAAACUUGCAUUUUGAGAAGAAGGAAACAUGAGUUACAGGACGUUUUAAAGCUUCCAUCUCAAGCAGAACAUGUGCUAUUUUGUAGCUUAACUUCUGUACAAUAUGAUGUUUACUGUAAUUGUUUGGAUCUUCUCCAGGCCAAACAGCUGGUAAAGAAUAAGAUGUAUGGGAUUUCAAAGUAUUUUGCUCUAUUAAACAUAUUAAGAGAAGUAUGUAACCAUCCAGAGUUGUUAAAAUUGGUUAGAAGACAAAACAAGAAUGGAGAAAUAGAUUCAGAUUUUGACUUUUAUGAAGACCAAGAGGAUGAAAAUAGUUUUAAUGGAGAGAUAAGAUGGAAUAGAGCUUUAAGAAGCAGAGGGUCCGAUAAUGAUUUAACACAAAGUAAUAUGUUUCUAAAUUUAAAUGUGGAAUCAAAUGAUUCACAUUCACAAAGGAUUAUAAGUGUGGAUGGGAAAGAUAGUGGAAAAUAUCAGGCAUUAAUGUCUAUAUUAAAGCUUUGGAGAGAUAAGAAAGAACACAGAGUUCUUAUUUUUACACAAGGAGUAAGGACUUUGAAGUUGCUUUCUGGCCUUUUAGAGAAAGAUCUUGAUUUGAGACCCAAUAGAGAUGUUUUAACUUUAGAUGGUUCAACUCCUUUAAGUACUAGAUUUUCACUAGUAAAAAGAUUUAAUCAAGAUUCAUCUAUCUUCUUAUUCAUUUUGACAUCCAGAGUAGGAGGGGUUGGAUUAAACAUUAUUGGAGCAAAUAGAGUGAUCCUAUAUGAUCCUUGGUGGAAUCCUAUGACAGAUAUUCAAGCUAAAGAAAGAUGUUGGAGAAUUGGGCAAAAAAAGGAAGUAAUAGUUUACAGAUUAAUCACAAGAGACACUAUAGAAGAGAAGAUUUUCCAAAGACAACUAUUUAAGGAGUUUAUUGCAAAGCAGAUACUUAAGGACCCAAAGAAUCAAUCAAGCUUAAACUGGACAAAUUUUAAUGAGUUGAUUAAAAAACCUAGAAAGCCAAAAAAUUAUGUUUCUAAUCCAAAACUGGUUUCUAGCUAUGUAAAGAAUAUCAAAAACAUUUGGGGAGGAAAAACAAGACAAAGGAAGGACGGAAACACUUACAACAGCUACUUUGAUGACUUUGACUCAUCUGACAAAACAGGAUAUAAUGAAUAUAACAAUCAUAGAUUUAGCAAUUCAUGCAAGAAGGAAGUCAUGAAUGAUGAACUUAAUCUUUUUGGAGAGAUAACUUGUGAUGCUAAAUCCGAACACAAUGCCAUUAUGAGCAUUUUAGGAGACAAUAAUGACGAUAAUUUAAUUUCCAAUAGUAUUGGAAGUUCUGGUAAAAACAAUCUGUCACAGAAUUCACACAAUGGAAGUGUUACAUAUUCAUUCAGCAACUCCAUGAAUGAUGAUUUGACAGAAGCUACCAAUGAAAUUAUUAAAACUUCUGUUGAACUUAUCAGACAAUCAGAAAUUGAAAGAAGCAAUUAUGAUUAUAGUGUUCCCACAUGGACCGGUAAAUCAGGUCAGGCGGGCGCGCCAAGUUCUAUUAUUUUACGGAAUUUAAAACGUCAGAGAGUCUCACAAGGGGGAAAUGCAUGGAAUUCCCAGGAGGGUGAGGAGGCUAAACAAAUAGGUGGGUGGGAUGAGGGGUCGAUAAGAAGAAGGUUAACGGAAUAUUUUUUAAAGAGAGAAAGACUUGGGAUAAAGACAAGCACAGAAGACUUAUUGGGUAGUUUUGGAGAGUUGAUCCCAGACUCAAAUCAUGGUUUAUUUAAGAAAAUCUUAAAACAGAUUUGUACAUUAAAUAAGUCAAGCAGUGGGUCUAGUAAGGAUAAUUAUUGGGUUUUGAAGAAGGAUAAUUCUAAAAUACCUUUUUUUUAA